AUGGCAGAAGUAAGCCAUUCGCCCAUUCCAAAGAUGUUGUACAAUUUACGAUAUUUGGACCAAAGUAGACUAUGCAUUAGUACUACCACCGUUGACAGUCAAAUCAUGGACUGUGUUCAUGAUCGGAUAAACCAACCCAAUCCCCAACGUAGUUUAUUCAUCCUCUCCUCCUCCUUUGCGAUCGACUACAGCGGCUCUCCUCCACUUCUGUCACGACGGAAGGCGCCAUUAUCAGCACACAAGGACCCUUUUCAAGCCUCCACCAUUGCACUCUCUGAAAUGGGUUACAUAGGUGCGCAUGGAGUUGCGGGGUUGCAUAGACACAAGUACAGUGGUGUGGAUCAUUCCUACGUUGCUAAAUAUGUUCUGCAACCCUUUUGGACUCGUUUUGUUACUUUCUUCCCCCUUUGGGUCCCGCCCAAUGUGAUUACACUUACAGGAUUUGUGUUCAUGUUUACAUCUGCUUUCCUUGGAUAUAUUUACUCACCUCAGCUGGAUUCUCCUCCUCCAAGAUGGGUUCAUUUUGCACAUGGAUUACUUCUAUUCUUAUAUCAAACUUUUGAUGCUGUUGAUGGGAAGCAAGCAAGACGAACAAAUUCCUCUAGUCCACUUGGAGAGCUUUUUGAUCAUGGUUGUGAUGCCCUAGUGUGUGCGUUGGAAGCUAUUGCCUUUGGAAGUACAGCUAUGUGUGGAGGGAAUACGUUCUGGUUCUGGGUCAUAUCUGCGAUUCCUUUCUUUUUGGCAACAUGGGAAUAUUAUUUCACCAGUACGCUUAUUCUUCCUGUGAUAAAUGGACCAACAGAGGGCCUUAUGUUGAUCUAUUUAGUCCAUUUUUUCACAGCUUUUGUAGGUGCUGAGUGGUGGGCUCAACAAUUUGGGAAGUCAGUUUCUGUAUUUAGCUGGGUACCGUACAUAAGUGAGAUUCCGACCAAUGUAGCUGUGUUAUAUCUAAUGAUAGCUUUUGCUGUCGUGCCAACAAUAUACUCCAAUGUUGCCAAUGUUUAUAAGAUAGUUCAGGCAAGGAAAGGAAGCAUGCUACUUGCGUUGGCCAUGAUUUAUCCAUUUGCUGUUCUCUUGAGUGGAGUUCUUUUGUGGGAUUAUCUAUCUCCAAUUGAUUUGAUGUGGACAUAUCCUGUAUUCAUGGUAGUGGGAACUGGGCUUGCCUUUGGGUUUCUUGUGGGAAGGAUGAUUUUGGCCCACUUGUGUGAUGAACCAAAAGGCUUGAAAACUAGCAUGUGCAUGUCUUUAUUGUACCUGCCAUUUGCCAUUGCUAAUGCUCUCACCGCCAGACUCAAUGAUGGAACUCCUUUGGUUGAUGAGUUCUGGGUCGUCCUUGGUUACUGUGUAUUCACAAUAUCACUCUAUCUUCAUUUUGCAACUUCUGUUGUUCACGAAAUCACAACUGCCCUGGGGAUAUACUGUUUCCGUGAUGCCACUGUACUUCCCUCUCUUGUAUAG